AUGGCGAAAGGCGAUAAUGGAGUGCGCUUUUUCCAAGCCCUACUAAUUCUUGGCAAUGUGAUUAUUGGGAUGUGCGGCAUUGCGCUGACGGCAGAGUGCAUCUUCUUCGUGUCGGAUCAGCAGACUCUGUAUCCUCUGCUGGAAGCCACUAAUAACGAUGACAUCUACGGUGCGGCCUGGAUUGGCAUCUUUGUUGGCUUUGCUCUCUUUAAUCUGUCUGUCCUGGGCAUCAUUGGAGUCAUUAAGUCAAACCGGACGAUGCUGCUGGUGUAUAUCAUUCUGAUGUUGGUCACAUAUGGAUUUGAAGUGGCUUCUUGCAUCACAGCAGCAACUCAUCGAGAUUUUUUCACACCCAAUCUCUUCCUGAAGCAAAUGUUGGAAAAGUAUCAGAACCUAGAGCCAGCCAACAAUGAUGAUAAGUGGAUGAGUGAAGGUGUCACCAGGACAUGGGACCGCCUCAUGCUACAGAAUCAGUGCUGUGGGGUGAAUGGCCCCUCUGACUGGCAGAACUACAUGUCUGUGUUCAGAAGCAGAAACAGUGACUCAGAGUUCCCUUGGCCACGCCAGUGCUGUGUCAUGGAUGUCCAAGGAAUUCCAAUCAACUUGGAUGGCUGCAAACUGGGAGUCUCCGGCUACUAUAAUAAUAAGGGUUGCUAUGACAUUAUCUCUGGUCCAAUGGACAGACAUGCUUGGGGUGUUGCCUGGUUUGGCUUCGCCAUUCUCUGCUGGACUUUCUGGGUUCUUAUCUGCACCAUGUUCUAUUGGAGCAGAAUUGAAUACUGA